AUGGCCUCCAAGAACUGCCUCGACCUCAUCAUCAAGGACCACGAGAAGCUCAAGAGCCUUCACAGCCAGUACAUGAGCACCAGCGACACCGACAAGAAGCAGGAGCUGGCCAACACCCUGAUCAAGGAGCUGUGCAUUCAUUCGUCCCUCGAGGAGACGCUCGUCUACCCGGUGCUGCGCGAUCGCGUGCCGGAGGGCAAGAACCUGGCCCACGACGCCUACGAGGAUCACUUCGCGGUGGAGCGGCUGCUCGAUGAGAUGCUCAGCAUGAAGGUGAAAGACGACGAGGCCAAGUUCGACUCCAAGAUGAACACCAUGAUCGAGAACCUCUUCGCCCACAUCCAGCACGAGGAGGGCAAGCUGCUGCCCCUCCUGCGGCAGUACAUCUACCCCAACGAGCUGGUCGAGCUGGGCGGCAAGAUGGAGAGCAACCGACCCCUCAUGCCCACGCACCCGCACCCCAACAUGCCCAAGGAGGGCGUGAAGGGCAUGGUCGCCGGCCUCGCCGCAGCGCCCCUCGACCGCGCCUACGACGCCGCCCGCUCCGCCGUCUCCGGCCAGUGA